AUGAGUAACUUUUGGGACAAUAACAAGGGCUCGAUUAUGAAUGGCAUAACGACUGCCGGUAAAUAUGGAUUUCAAGGAACUAAAUUUGUAGCAAAAGCCGGCUAUAAAGCUGGAAAGCAGCAUUACAAUUCCAGUAAGAAUCGUCGCGAGGGUAAAACUAGUUCAAAUGAUUCAGAUAAUGAGGAUAUAUAUUCAAACAAGUCACCAUCGCCUGUGACACACCUGGUCGAUCCUUCAAAUUUUGCUCCUCCUCCCCUAAGAGCUGGUCAGAAGCAGUAUCGUUCGGAUGGCUCUCUGGCAGAGGGUCUACCCAGCUCCAAUGUUAGCUCUGGUGUCAGUUCAUCCAUAUCUCAACCAGCACCUGGAUCUCAAGGUCCUCCCUCUUACCCACAACAAGCCCCUGUCGUUAACAUGCCACAAACGGCGGAUCAACAAUGGGCUCAGAGACCUCAGCCUGCAUCUGCUACCCAAGUGGGUUCUCGUCCUCUACCUUUUCAGCCCACAACAGCUGCACCGGCUCCAAUUGCACGUCCAAUUUUGCCCAGCAGAACUAACACUGCACAGUCAUAUACUCUGGGCGCCGCACCGACGGCUGCUAUACCAACUCCAUCACAAGGUCAAUACGCUAUAAGGUCAGAAACACAAACAGCUGCUAGCCCAGCCUAUAUAAGCUCGCCCCAACCAACUCAGCAGAGUUAUUACGCACCAACAGCAGUGCCUACUGCACCACCUGUGAUUGAAAAUCAACCAGUUCAAAUGAGCGUCACACAGGAUCCUCCUGCGCGACCAAUAACUGAGGAAAUUAUAACAACGCAAAAUCAAUCUUCUUUGCCUAAUCCGCAAUUGAUGUCUGCAAACUUUCAGCAAGUGUCUCCGGUUUACGAGCGCCCUGCAGCUGUCUUACCCCCUUCCACUCCGCAGGACAAUACAAUGGCAUCUAACUCUAUAUAUGCAGAACCUCCACACCACCGGGGUCCGCCACCUGCUGAAAGGGAAUUGCCAAUGGCACAAGGAAGGCUGAUAAUUACUCCUCGUGAAAAGAUUCAACUAACAGAUCUUACGCAAGUGGCACCAGAACCUCUUUCUCAGUCAGAAAUGAUUACCCAAGAGAUUGAGGGUGUUUACGGUCCACAAAUUUCUAACUCUGGUGUAAUGAAUCAAGCUGAGCCCACAAUUCCUGAUUCAAAUAUCCCUUCCCAACCUCACAUGCAAUAUGGUUUUAAAAAUGUCGCACCGUCUCAGACUUAUUCGCGUCCUGCAGCUAUGCUUCCACAUGAAAUCUCCAAUGUCACCCAAACCAUUGUAACUCCAGUAGCAUCUCCAAGCCCACAAUCCUCGAUUAGUAUCCAGCCGCAUGAUUUUAAUGCUCCGAAACCCAAGAUUGAGAUUCCAGAAGUCGAUGUUAGUGCCUUGCCACCCCCUCCUGUUCACUCGAGAAGGUCAGAGAGCCCAAUAUUAACAAUGCCUUCUUCUAAACCUCCAAGUAGGUCUACAACCUUCAAUUGUGAAGUCGAUCCACCACCAUACGGUCAGCCGGCAGACAUGUCUCAUUCGGAAACGGCAGGAUUGACAGGAAACGAAAUAGCCCUGAACAAUGACUCAGGAACCGGUGCGGUUGGUGUUGCGGGGAGGUAUGCCAAUAAUGGUGAUGUAGCGUUUCCUCCGCCUCCGAAACCUAGCAGACUGCAUUCUGGAACACCAUCGACUUCAGGUUUAAGCAGUUCAAGCAGUUCAAGCACCGGAGUUAAUGCAUUAACUCCAAGACCCGUUCCUAGUCCUGCUCAAAGGAAGGGCUCCUCUAGAACUUCGGUUUUCGCACCCAACCUGUCGAAUUCGCGUCAGGCAAGUCACAAGAACUCACAAGAGGAUAAACCGCGUGCGGCAGUACUGGGGAUUUAUGAUUAUAAUGUGAAAGUCAAUUUCGAGCCGCCUCCAAAGCCAUUCAGAAGAGGUGAAGAGGUCAGUCAUAAAAUGGGCGCAACUCAAAGUCAAAAGAUCUCUUCUCCCAUGACUUCAGAGGACUCUCGAGGGAUGCCGCCUACAAUUUUCCCACCAUCUCAGGCGCCAGAAUUUACUCCAGGGAUGCCAUCAGCAGGUAUCUCACAAACAGCGAUUCUACCAACUCAUGCUCCAGAAUCCACACCAAGAUUGCCACCUACAGCAUUCCCGCCUCCUCGUGCUCCAAUAUCACAUCAUUCGAAUAUUUCUGCUACCACUGAGGUCACGUCGGAUGGCUCUGACUCGUCAAAUUACGUAGAUGCAGAAAGUGACAAUGCUUUGGAGGGUGAGCCAGAUAUUCGUUCGAGCAAUAUAUCGAAAAAGGUGCCACCCGUUGUGAAGAAAAAGCCAAAGACCUUAGAAGCAUUGCAUAUAAAUGAUUCUUCAUCAGAGAAGCACUCAACAGCCGAUUUUAGCAAUGAAUUGGCAAAUAUGUUAAGUAAACGGAAAGCUGCCCCACCGGUGCCCAUCAAGAAGGAAUCAUUGAAAAAGCCUCCUGCCGUCCCCACCAAAAAACCUUCUUUAAUGGCUUCUUCUUCAACUAGCCAUUUAGGAGGUACACCGAAGUUCCCCAAAUCAAAUAAAAUAAAAACAGCUGCGCCUGUUGUGGCAUCUAAGCCUAAAUUCACGAUGGAGAACUUGGAACACAAAAUGGCCUCUGUAAAGAUGGAGGAAUCUGGUCUCGACGAAAACGAUCUUGACGACAAUCCUUUUCGCAAAUAUUUGAAGGCGGCAGUCCCACCUGAGAACGAUCGUCUACACAAAUAG